UGCACGGCUGCUGCGCUGCUAUAAAGCUGCAGCAAUGAGGGAUGAUGAGAAGAGAAAUAGUGAUUCAAAGAAACCAAAGACACGUCCUACAUGUGAAUUGUCCCUGCUGCUUUGUGUGUGUGUCGUCGGGGAAUCUGUGGACGUGCUGAAGAGGAUCUGACUGAGGAAGGAGCGGGUCUUGAUUGUGCCCAGAAACCAAGGACUCAGGCUCAGUCAGCAUUCAUCAACCCAAAUCAGACCAGUGAAGUGCAACCUCUGAGCCAGCUGAGAUGGCUCCCACCUUGGCAACAGCCUUCUCCCGCCGCUGGUGGAUGGCGGUGACAGCGGUCAUUGAGAACCUGCUUUUCUCUGCCGUGCUGCUGGGCUGGGGAUCCCUGCUCAUCAUGCUGAAGUCUGAAGGCUUCUACUCGUACCUGUGUAAAGCACCAGGAAACAACACCGGCCUCAAUAUCUCUAACAUGACCACACCGGAGCCGGAGGAAGAGUACCUGGAGAUGAACGGCUGGCAGAUCUGCAACGACCAGGAUGAGAUGCUGAACCUGGCCUUCACUGUGGGGUCGUUCCUGCUGUCUGCCAUCACGCUGCCUAUGGGCAUCGUCAUGGACAAAUACGGUCCUAGGAAGCUACGACUUCUUGGCAGUGCCUGCUUUGCUUUCUCCUGCCUCCUCAUCGCCUACGGUGCCAGUGACCCCAACAAUCUCUCCAUCCUGAUCUUCUUUGCUCUGGCGAUGAACGGGUUCGGAGGCAUGUGCAUGACCUUCACUUCUCUGACGCUCCCCAACAUGUUCGGAGACUUGAGGUCGACCUUCAUUUCACUGAUGAUUGGCUCCUACGCCUCCUCUGCUGUCACUUUCCCCGGCAUCAAGGUGAUCUAUGAUCUGGGUGCCACCUUCAUCAUUAUCCUGCUGGUUUGGGCCGCCUGCGCCUGCCUCGUCUUCUUCAAUUGCUUCGUGAACUGGCCCUUGGAGCCUUUCCCGGGCCCAGAGGACAUGGACUUCACAGUGAAGAUCAAGUUCAGCUGGCUGGGCUUCGACCACAAGAUCACAGGGAAGCAGUUCUAUCGUCAGGUGACCACCGUCGGGCGCCGCCUCAGCGUUGGUAACUCCAUAAAGCGCGAGCACCAGCCGCCAAAAGGCCUGGCCACCCAGGAGGCCAACAAGCUGUGCCUGUCCACUGUGGACCUGGAAGUCAAGUGCAAGGGCAAGCAAGAGACUCAGUCCUUCAUGCAGAGUAUCUUCAGCCCCAUCUUCCUCCUCAGCCUCAUCACCAUGUGUGUGACGCAGCUGCGCCUCAUCUUCUACAUGGGCGCCAUGAACACCAUCCUGGAGUCUCUGACGGGGGGAGACCUCAGCACAGUGGAGAGGAUGGAAGUGGUGAGCGUCUACACGUCCAUCUUCGGCGUGCUCCAGCUCCUGUGUCUGAUCACCUCUCCUGUCAUCGGCUACGUCAUGGACUGGAAGCUCAAAGACUGCGAGGAUGACAACGACAAGAUAUCCAAGAGGGAGCCCGGUCAGCCUCGCCGUCCUGACAAACAGAUCCAGAAGAUCGUCAACGCCACCAGAGCCUUCGUCUUCACAAACCUGCUGCUUGUUGGAUUUGGAAUCACAUGCAUCGUCCCUAACCUGCCCCUCCAGAUUCUGUCCUUUAUCCUGCACACCAUCGUCAGGGGCUUCAUCCACUCUGCAGUCGGAGGCCUUUAUGCUGCUGUGUACCCGUCCUCUCAGUUCGGCAGUUUGACGGGGAUGCAGUCUCUGAUCAGCGCUCUGUUUGCGUUGCUCCAGCAGCCUCUCUUCAUGGCAAUGGUGGGACCUCUGGAGAAGGACCCUCUAUGGGUGAACGUCGGCCUCUUGGUGCUGAGCAUGCUGGGAUUCUGCCUGCCGCUCUACCUGCUGUGCCACAGUCGCUACCUCACGCGCCUCAGAGACGAGCAGGAUGAGGAUCCAAAGAUCUACGUCAAGAUGAAUCCCGACAGCAAGCCCGAGGCUUUUGUCUGAACACUGAAGGGAAAAAAAAUCACUUUCUAAAAAAAAACUGAGAAGACGAGCAACGCUGAAACGAGAUGAACAGAGAGAAAGAGAAGAAGAAGAAAGGGUGGAGGUCAGGUGUGAUAAACUCCUUCACCCUUUCCUCUCUGAUGCUGCAACUAGACAACUCUCUCACCUCAUCAUCACACUCUCACUUGGGUCAUUUCACUGCCGAUCAUAUGUGGUCUGAUGUGACUGCACGCCACUGUGACACACACUUUCACCCUCUCAGAUACACUGUGACAAAACACACACACACACACACACACACACACACACACACACACACACACACACACACACACACACACACACAUAUACAUCUAGAGGUCCCUCUCCCUCAACUGCAUCUCUGACCUGAGGAAGAACAGGGACUAACGGGAGGAAGAAGCAAUGACGGACUUUGUAUACCUCCCUGAAAGACUCCUCUGCACGUCCAGUUUGAUCUUUUUGAGCUCUCACAUUUGUCGCUAAGCCUUCUUAAAAACCACAGAAAAGGAAGAAGAGGAGAACCUGGAGGUGUCGGAUGUUAAAAAAAGAAACUCAGCAGUAGUAUUUCUGCUUUAUAAGUCCGAACCUCCGCAUUCUGGAUUGUCUGAGGCUAGCCGUUGAUUUCUCUGACUCACACACACACGAGUAGCAGCCUCGGACAUGUAAUCUCUGCUGUGUCUCGUGCUUGAGGGCAUUACGUGAAAAGAAACAGCAGUAUUGGUAGCAGCCCAGAUUGGAAACAGUUUGACAGCUUUUUUAAAACCGGCACAUGGCUCAGAGAAGUUGCUCCAGAAAGCUGCAGCAGCUCUGUGUGCGUGUGUGUUACAUAAUGCAGCGCUGUGGGGUUUGAAUACUGCAUGAUGCCUGAGACAGUGCUGGUCCUUUCUUACUGUUUCACUCAGUCACCAGAGCAGGAAAACACACCCUCAACCCGCCUUGUUUUUCAUUCUGCUCCUGAUUCCUCUUGUGUUUCAAAUAUGUAACCUCCUGUUGUUUUAUGCAGAUAUAUUAACUGCAAUAUGAUCACAGAUAUGUGCAAAGUGUUUAGCGUAGGUAGAUGGGAUGAAGAUAUGAAAAAUAGUGUGUUUAAAAAAAAAAGUGGGAGUUAGUAGCCCUCAGGUGGACUCACCUGCUACACAGUUUGGAUUCGUCGUAGCAAUAAGUGCUUCUGUGAGGUGCUGGGCGACAUGUUGACACACAAUCACACGCAGACAGACAGGUGAACAGUUUCUGAAUCAAACAGGUGCUAGAUGAUUUACAGAUAUGUUUUUUUUUUGCAUUUUGCUGUAAAGUUCCCAUGAAAAUGAAAAAUCUGACCCAACGAAGAAAAAGAAAAAGAUGUUGCAGACGUUUUUAACGGUACUGAAGUGUUUGCAUCUCCUGAACUGAGAUGAAAUACUUCUUUUGUAUCCAAUGAACCACUUCUUACAUUUCCUGAUGCUUGCAACUUGCAGGCGAGUAGUUAGCCAGCAGUUAUGAAUUGUUUUUGAGUUUGCAGCCACGUAAGUUUCUGCACAUGACACUCAAAAGUCUGCAGAAUAUCUCCUCUUAGUCGUUUCAUGGGAGCUUUAACAUGCACUUGCCAUCAUUGCUGCAAAAACUUGAAUCAUAGUGAGUUUAUUUGUCUGGAUUCUUAUCAAAAUGUGAAGUUGCACUUAAUAUUAUCCACAUUCCUUUUACAAAUCCAAUAAUAAAUCUUAAUUUAAGACACUAAAAGCUCAAAAUAAGGCCGUUAAUUCAUUAUAAUAAGUAAAAUAUCAGCUAAUGCAGCCUUAUUUUUGGGUUGCAAAAUCUUAAAAUAAGACCUUUUUCUGGAUUUGUCUCGGGAAUGAGUCUUCUAUGAAACAUACUGAGAUAUUUCCACUGAAACGAGAUGAUUACACAAACUAAGUUUGAGUUUUUGCAGCGAGAUGAAACAUAAGAGCUGUUUUUUUCUCCAAAGAAUGAAUCACUAACCAUUUCAAACGACUCUCUCUGUUGUCAGUUUCACGUCAGGUUCGUGUUUUUCCUGCACCCUAAAGUGAAACUCCGACAGCAGCUCUGGGAAACUUGAACUCACCUCUAAUGAUAGUCUUUAAAAGGGAGAUAGAUUGAAGGUAGCAAGCUGAUAGAGACGCGUACCUCCAGCUCCUGUGGCAUUAAGGAGUCUAUGUUUGUGAGGUAACGCAGGGAGAUGAUCUGAACGGCGGAUUCAGUCGGCCUGCUGUCUUCAGAAGCCAAACAGACGUUUCCCUACCUGACCGUAGCUCACAGAGGCACUUCCAAAGACAGCCAUGACCCUCAGAGUGCCUCUUUAUGUGUACAGAUGAUGGAAGGAGUGGAUCCAGGCAGGAUGUGCAGCAACCCCCGUCCCUCUUUCCCUUCUAUCUAUCCAUACGUCUAUCACUCCCAUCCAUCCAGUCUGCAAUCGGGUUCCAUGACAGAGCUGAGAGACAAACCUCUGCGCCCCGUGAGUGACUUCAGAGAGGAAUGAAUGGCACAUGAUGCACUUUAGCCCCGUAGACUUGGACCUCAGUCACGUUUUCCUGAACGGCCUGCCCUCUCUGUGACCGAACUUUGGUGCAUGAUGCAAAGAAUGUAAACUUUAGAGCUUCAGAUGUAGAUUUUUAACUCAUAGAAAGCAGAAAGAUGCUGUUAUUUUUUAUAUUCACAGAUAAAACUAUCUUCACAUGUUCGGUAUAUUUUUUGCCUUUAUGUGCACGGAAAGCUUGGCAGAGGUUUGUCUCUCGGUUCUUUGGCCUGGACGUCUUCACAGCUCUGUCGUCUUUUGAAAACCGCAUGAGUUUUUUUUUUUUUAUCAGUAAUGGAGCAAAGAUACUUGUUAGGAAGGAAAUGCUGCAGUCUCUUGUUAUUUAUCUGUGUUUAGUGAGAAGACAAAUGUGAAGAGGCUCAUUUAAAGCGCAAAAAACGUCAGGUUUCUUCAUGUAUGUGCAUUAAAAAAAAAGGCCAAGUUUUGGUCAUGUUGGAAACUUCUGAGCAAGUGUUAUGACCAAAACCUUCAAAAUCAUUACUUUCUGUAUUUCAAAUUGGACUUUUAAGCGUCCCAAACAUGCAAAACUGGUGUAACGAGAACAGCUCUCAGUCCAUGCAUCCAUUCCCUCGACUUAGCUCAGUCAAAGUCGUCUGAUGGUUGUCUUAGCUCAGCUUUUGUUGCAUUAUCAGUGUAACAACUUUCCUCAGGGACUAGGAACCUUUAGAGGAAACAGGGUAUUUCCACUAGAUCUGAAUCAGGUUUCAGGGACUUUAUUUAACCCCUUAAAUGUCCUUGUAAGGAGCAAAGUACUGUAACUUACGGUGCUGAACAUUUCUGAUACACAGCAUUUUUGAAGCUUGUUUUAAAAUACUCUGCAGACAUAAUCAGUGAGUAUUUACAUUUAGCUUCAAACAUUCAAUGAUUUUCAAAAUAAAGCCAGCAAUAUGGACUGAAAAGAGUCCAGCCCUUAAUCGGCUUUUCUGCAAAAUCAAAAAAGGGACUAGGAAACUGGCCCUUAAGAAACAAGGUGCUAGCUCGAAGACAAGAUGUAAACACAGCCUUUAGAGAACUAGUCCGUCUAAUGUUGACAGAUACUGUAUUUGCAUCACAGUGGAAACACACGGACAAAGGACACUUUUAGUUCCCUCUAAAGUAGUUUCUGCAGGGGGCGUAUCCAGACUUUGGCACUGACUCGUGCAGGGGAGAGAACAUUCAUGUAUUCCCUCUUUUUAAAUCUACUGUAACUGAUACAGUAAAAGCUCACCAUGUUAACAGCUGAAGUGUUCAGCUUCGAUACACCAGUUUUGUUCUUUGAGGAAACAAAAGAUCAAACACUUGAGGCAGCCUUCUUCACAUUUAAUUUUCUUGCAAAACACAUGUAAAUAACUGAGCUCCACAGAGUGUAUCCAGCAGGGCGCUGGUGCGUCUUGAUGCAGGUACAGAUGCACUCUGAUGCAGCACUCUGCUCCUGAAUGUGGGAAAACAUCAACAUUGAUUCUUCAUUUACCUGGUAACUCAUCCAAAACUAAACGCUUGGACCUCUGUGAAGUAAAGAAACAGAUUUGUCAAAUGAGUGAUGAGUUAUCGGGUAAACUUUCAUUUCAGACACUUGUCAGCACUUUCUUUCACUGCCGUACCUUAAACGUGUCCCGCCCUCAGUGCCAUCACCUCCGCUGUCACCCUCACCUCCUCUGACAGGAAACUAGUCUAGUUAUUGAUAAGUGUAUUGAUUGUGUUUUAAAGAUUGUGUGUGGUGAUAGGUAAAGGGUUUAGAGCUGGCACACUGUCGCCUUGUUUCCUCCUGUAGGCAUGAACCUUUUUGUAUUUUUUUCUACCUACCAUGCUCCAGUUCAUUUUGUUUUUUUGUUCAACUUUUCUCUGAUGUUUACGAUGAAUGUGUAUUUUUAUGUUCUUAUACUGUAUUUUUUUGUCCUGUACCACAGUAUAGCCAUUGUCAUUGAAAUUUAAAGUCAUGUUUGACAACUGAAAGAAAAAAAAACAGAUCAGUAUAUGAAGCAAAUAAACACAGUAAUUUGUAAAGAGA